AGGUCUCGGGCCCCCAGGCGGAGCGGCGGGCGCCGGACCCCCAGGCGGAGCGACAGGUCUCGGGCCCCCAGGCGGAGCGGCGGGCGCCGGACCCCCAGGCGGAGCGACAGGUCUCAGGCCCCCAGGCGGAGCGGCGGGCGCCGGACCCCCAGGCGGAGCGACAGGUCUCGGGCCCCCAGGCGGAGCGGCGGGCGCCGGACCCCCAGGCGGAGCGACAGGUCUCGGGCCCCCAGGCGGAGCAACGGGCGCCGGACCCCCAGGCAGAGCGACAGGUCUCGGGCCCCCAGGCGGAGCGGCGGGCGCCGGACCCCCAGGCGGAGCGACAGGCGGAGCGACAGGUACCGAGUCACCAGGCACGACAGUGGGCUCCGAGUCAACUGGCAUGACCACUGGCACUGGGUCAGACAUUGGAUCGUCUGGCUGGACAGCGGGCAUCGGGUCACCAGGCAUCAGGUCAUUUGGCUCGAC